UGAUAAAAUAAUAAAUAGCCGCUGCCGACGUUGCUAGUAGAGAACGGAACGGGAGAGGAGUCUGCAUUUAGUGUAGAUUUUUGUGAGAUAGGAUUGUGUAGGAGUGAGAAGCAGAUAUGAAGAAGCAAGCAUCAAGCCGUUUGCUGAUGUGGGUUAUGAUUUGUCUUCAGGUUUAUCUGAUAAUUGCAGCUGUGUCAUUGUCGGAGUCCAAUGACUCCACUUCUGUGUGCAAUGGCUCUGUAGAGGACUGCCUCCGCCUCCACCACUUGGACUCACAGCUUCCCACCGUCUCCAGCUCCCACUUUCGCAGAAUACUUUCUGGAGCCAAUGGCCAGAACACGGCGGGUACAGCAGAUCCUAAUAACCCCUUCUACAAGUGUCCGUCUGGUGAUAGGUACACAUCAUGUCUGUCAAAAAUUGACGGUACUAGGAUAAAUUGUAAUUACUACAACAAGGGAUGCUAAGGUUGUGAUUGAGUGGGUGAAACUAUUUAUGUUCGAAUGCUUUUCUUUCCUCCCUCCACUGAUGUUCUACGUCUUAUUAUUAUUGGCCAUAUGUUUUCGUUAUAUAAAUCUAGAAUAACUCCAUCUCCCGAACUGAAUAAAUUCCGGGAAAGAUAGAGAUUGUGAACAAUUAUAUAUAUGUAUGCUUGAUUUUCGGCUUUCAA